CCUUAAUGUCUCCAUGUCGCGCUCCUACCGUACAACCUAACAUGUUACACUUGUCACUUCCGGCGCUUGUUUGGCUGGUUGUUUGAAAAUGAAAAACGCUAGCUGCAUAAAAGAUUACUUGUAAUGCCUAAAUGGCAGCUUUAUUAGAUGUGGAUACACGCUGACAGUCCUAUAGAGUGUACUACGACAUUAACUUCACUCUCUCCACCGUACUAUGUUCAAAAAGAUGACUGAAUUUGGUCCAGAUUCCGGGGGGCGAGUUAAGGGAGUUACCAUUGUGAAGCCUAUUGUGUUUGGGAACGUUGCCCGUUACUUUGGGAAAAAGAGAGAGGAGGAUGGACACACACAUCAGUGGUCUGUCUAUGUGAAGCCUUACAGAAAUGAGGAUAUGUCUGCUUAUGUGAAGAAGAUCCAGUUCAAGCUACAUGAGAGCUAUGGUAACCCACUGAGAGUGGUGACAAAGCCUCCAUAUGAGAUUACAGAGACGGGAUGGGGGGAGUUUGAGAUCAUCAUCAAGAUCUUCUUCAUUGAUCCCAAUGAGAGACCUGUGACUCUGUACCAUCUGUUGAAGCUGUUCCAGUCGGACUCCAGUGCCAUGCCUAAGAAGACAGUUGUCUCUGAAUUCUAUGAUGAAAUGAUCUUCCAGGAUCCUACAGCUAUGAUGCAGCAGCUACUCACCACAUCGAGACAACUCACGCUGGGAGCAUACAAGCAUGAGACAGAAUUCAGCGAGCUGGAGCAGAGGACCAAGGAGAAAAUGGAAGCAGCAAAGAGGAGAACCAGCCAGGAGAUCACAGACCUGAAAGACAAACUAAAGGCCAACAGAGAAAACAUCAACCACCUGAAGGCAGAGAUCAGGAAGCUGGGAGAGGACGGAGACCACAAGGAUCACUGAGAAAUGGACAAACACAUAAGUGAUUAAAAACAAGGCAUUGUUGUGACAUAUUUUAUGAUUACACUUUUGUUUUUUUUAUUUUACAUGGACACUCAAUCACAUUGCUCAGAGAUGACCUCAGAAUGAUUUCCUCAUAAUAUAUUUUUAACUGCAGCACUGGAAAAAUUAAAAUAAGAACGUGCUUGCUUGUGGCUGAAAUAAGGAUUUUGUUUCUUUAUAUACCUGUCAUUGUUGUCUUUUCUACCCAAACAUUACUGGAUCCACUGGCUGUGAGUUACAAUGACAUAAUAAAUGUCACUUUUUAUGUUUUUUUACAACAUUAAUCUUGUCCAGUCAUCUUGAUGUAAUUGAUCCCCAUAAAGUGAACUUAAGCAGAGGUCUAACCAGCCAAAACCAUUAAGCAUCCCCUUCGUAUUCACACCUACCCGAUGAGAUGUCCAUGUUUGUGUAAACAGUUUUGAAUGUGAAUAGCUUAUUUGUUGUUUUACUAAUAGUUAGCUUUUCGAUACAAAGCAAACGUGUUUUCAGGAUUGUUUGUAUACAUUUCUUCUGGUUUAACCAUUUGUGUUUGAUGAGGGUCUAUUCUUAAAACAUGAUCAACAUGUUCUGACACCUUCAAUAAAGCAAAACAGGUUAAACCCUGACCUUUCACGGCAAGUGGAGCAGAGUUUCUCCUGCUUCUCGAA